GCCCCCAUGCGCCCCCCUAGGCCCCCGCGCGCCCCGCUCUAAAGUAAACACCCAGGAGCGGCGGCGGCCGGACGGUGCGGUGACUCCGCCCGCUCGCCGCCUCGGUGCCGCGGGCGGGUCUGGCCAUGGCCGAGGGCGUGCCGACCUCCGCAUCGGGCGGCGCGGGCUGCUGGGGCGCGGCCGGGCCUACACGGCGGCAUCAUCCAGUGGUUGGUUGACACCUUCUGCAUCUGCGAAGGGUACAGUGUGUGUGCCUCGCUGCCUCAUGUAUGAGAUUUACAUGGAGACCUGCAGGCAAAAUGCUCAGAACCAAGUCAACCCAGCCACGUUUGGGAAGCUCGUGCACUUGGUUUUCCCUGAUCUUGGCACCCGGAGGUGGGGCACAAGAGGAAGUGCCAGGUAUCAUUAACGACGGGAUCCGUAUCAAGAAAAGUUCUUUCUUCUAUGCCCAGUACUGCUGCCUUCUAGGUGAAAAAAGAUACCACAGAAGUUACUGUGUUUGUCAAAAGACUAAGAAGAAAGACAUACCUUUCCAACAUGGCAAAGACCAUGAAAAUGGUGCUGAAAAACAGCAGGAGAGUCAGCAUCCUGCAGUUGGAUCUACACGCCAUCAUGCAUCAGGGCGCUUUGGAUAUUUCCCAGAAAGCCCCGACGAGUAAUCCGAGCGGCACUGACGACCUGGAGGGGAACACAGAGAUGAAAUGUUUGAGCAGUUUAAUUUCUUUGCUGGGCAUGUCAACAGACCUUGUAUUCCUGAAUUGUCUGUCUUCAAACCUCCAAACAUUUGUCUUCCAGCCGAGCAGAAGCAAAGAGGAGUUUAUCAGAUUGGCCACCACCAUCCAGCUGAGAUGGAAUUUCCUCCUCACAGCCAUGAGCAAAGCUAUGACCCUCUGGCACAGAGACAGCUUCGGCUCCUGGCAUCUGCUUCACUUGCUGCUUUUGGAAUAUGUGAUUCACAUACUUCAGUCGUGCAUAGAGGAAGAUGAGGAGGACGGUGCCAUGGGAAAUCUCAAGGAGAUGCUACCAGAUGACCAGCCUCUUGUCCCACCAGACCAGGAACUCUCCUGCCCUCCAGACCCCUCCCCAGCUCAGGAGGGUAGAAGCCCGAGUGCGGAUCCCCCCCCGCCCCGGGUGACGCUGAGACACGAGAGCCAGAGCCAGUGUGCCACGGAGGGGAGCAGUGUGGUCGUCAGCGUCCCAGGCUUUCUGGUGGACAUCGCCACGGGCAACAAGUACAGGUGCUGGAGCCCCAGCUUCCGUAGUGUUUUCAGGGAAAUGAGAACUACCAGGUGGUUAGGAAGCCCACAAAGGGGAUACGUUGUCCAAACAAGGAUACGGGAUUCUAGAUUCAUCUCAGCUUUAGCUGACUUUGCCAGGGGUGAUUAUAGCAGCAUGCCCGUUGACCACUGGUCAGCUCUGAGACAUGCCCGGCUUGAUUAGAGGUGUGGAAUAUGGGGACGGCCCAAGCCUGGCCUUCCCAGAGUCUGCCUGGCAUGGUUAGACUCGCUGAGCAGUAGAUCACUACCACUCAAAAGAGUGACAUGCUGGGCUUCCCUGGUGGCGCAGUGGUUGAGAGUCCGCCUGCCGAUG